AGAUUGCGUUUACUUGCGGACAGAGCUCUGACAUGAGCGGACUUACAGUGUAAAAAUGCGCCCCAGCUGUGCUUGGCUGGCUCUUGGCCUGCUUUUGCAGCUGAAUCUACACCUGGACUUGGGUCAAGCGGCCAAUAUCCUGGGCGUGUUCCCGUACCGCAUUCCCUCGCCCUUUCAGAUGGUACGACCUUUGAUGAGGGCGCUGGUGGAGCGGGGGCACAAGGUGACGAUGGUCACACCCGCUGGUUAUCCGGACGAUAUAGACGGAGUGCGGCACAUACGAGUGGCCAUGCUGAACCAGCUCAUGCAGACUCUGAUGGACAACGACCAAUUUGUUGACGCAUUGGGUGAUAAGUGGAAGGAGGGUGUUCUCGCAUCCACGAUUUUCUACAACGUUUCCCAUGCUAUUCUCAGCGAUACUGGUGUUCAGUUGAUGAUGCGUGAUAGAAGUGAGAGGUUUGAUAUGAUCAUGGUGGAAGCUAGCCACCUGGAUGCACUUUACGGACUGGCUGAGUUCUACAACGCCACGCUUCUGGGAAUUUCGUGUAUGCACAUGAGCUGGCAUAUCGACUACUUGGCGGGAAAUCUGGCUCCGAGUGUCUAUGAGCCCGUAUCCCCUAUCGGCUUUGCCCUUGAUCACUCGCUCUUAAGUAGGGCGUUCAAUUGGGUUUAUAUCACCGAGGAGAAGCUCCUGGAACGUCUAGUUUACCGACCCGCUCAAGUGCGAUUGUUGAAAAAGUUCUUCGGAUAUCCAGCGGAGAAGCUGGAUGAGCUACGGUCCAGAUUCUCGGUCAUCCUUGUUAAUACCCACUUCAGCAUGGGAAGAGUGCGAGCCAAUGUGCCCAACAUCAUUGAGGUGGCAGGAAUGCAUCUCAGCGAGACCCCAGAGCCAUGUGGUGCGGAGCUGCAGAAUUAUUUGGACGAGGCCGAGCACGGCGUCAUCUACUUCUCAAUGGGCCAGGAUAUCCUGAUGAAAUAUCUGCCGGAAAAUAUGCAGAAGCAACUGCUGCUGGCCUUCUCCCAGUUGAAACAACGGGUGAUUUGGAAGACCGAGCUGUCCGUGCUGCCCAACAAAUCGGAAAACAUAUUUUUGAUGGAUAAAGUGCCCCAGCGAAUGGUCCUCGUGCAUCCCAAUCUCCGGUUGUUCAUAUCUCACGGCGGCCUCCAGAGUGUGAUGGAGGCCAUUGACAACGGAGUGCCCAUGCUGGGAAUGCCUCUGUUCUUCGACCAGUUCAAUAAUAUGCAUCGAGUGCAGUUAGCCGGAAUGGCUAAAGUCCUGGACCCCAACGAGUUGAGCGCAGAUACUCUCAUCGAAACUAUCACAGAGCUACUUGAAAAUCCUACCUAUGCUGAGACAGCUAAACAAAUGGCAGAGUCUUUCAGGGAUCGACCAAUGAGUCCUCUAGAGACUGCCAUCUGGUGGACGGAGUACGCUCUGCGAAAUCGGGAUACUUCCCACAUGCGUCUCGAUGUAGAGGAGAUUCCUCUAAUGCGAUACUACAGACUGGACAGCUUACUAACCGUGGGAGUUCGCUUUGCCUUCGUCUUUGGAUCGCUGAUCUUUCUGGGCUGGAGAUUGUACAAGAAGAAUCGCAAUAGGAACAGAAGACUUCGAGAAAGGCAAAUGGUGUUUUCGCAGAUACAAUUGCGAUUGAGAGAUUAUGAAACAGCAUUCUAGAUUGCUUCAAUUUCAAUUGUUAGUUGAGGUACACGCUUUCUAGAUCUCGAUUCUUUUAAGGUAAUGGAAUACAAAGGCUCUACACUCAAUUCAUAUCUUAUCUAACCGUUAUACUACAUGUUUAAAAAAUUAUGAAAUAUUAAUCAGGUUUUUAAAUGAG